AUGAUGGCCUUGUCGGACCCUGCUGCGCCUUUUCUGUGGUCUGCUGUAGUUGAGCGAGCUGCAACUCGUACAGAUGCCGUAGAAAGGACGCGCGGAGUUCCUUCCCUGAUGUUGCUGCAACAACAGCAAAAACACCUGCAACAACAACAGGGAAGACAGCAACCACUUCAUAGCUGGUGGCACAACUUGGACCCCUGCAGACAAGAGCAGCAACUGCUGCGCCACCAGCAUCUGCAGCACAACCAGAAUACUCAGGUAGUAUUGCUAUUGCACCGUGCAGCUGAACGAGCAUCCAAAUCAUCGUCUCAUGUUACUUCUGGGGAGAAGGUUGUGGGGGAUCUUGACAGGGGGGCCCCGUGGAGUUCUCCAUGCGGUGCGGCCGCGACGACUGAGGACAACAAUACCGAGGUGCUGCAGCUUUUAGGAGACGCAGAGCGUGGCAGCAGCAGUAGCAACAGCUCGCUGCCUCUGAUAAUUGAAACAUCAAAUGACUCUAGUAGCGACUCUGAACAUGAUGGCGACUGGGCAGAGUUAACACUGGAUGAACCGGAUCAAGUACAACACAGCACGUCUCCUUCUCUUCCGCAGCAGUAUCAAAAAGAUCCUCACCUGGUGCAAGCUAAUGUGCUGCUGAAGUUCGCAGUAGACCCGUUGCUGCAACCGCAACCACAGCAGCUGAUACUGUUGUUGCUGCUGUGA